AUGUUUCCGACGGCAGGCACAGCGGCCGGCACAGGCAGAGCAGCCGGGGCUGGGGGCAUCUCCAAUGGAGUAGCGGCUAUGGCUACUAAGGCUGACGCGGCCGUCGUCUUGCAAGCCUGGUCCUCGACGAUCGCCGUCUGCGAGUCACCCGCAGGCGCAGAUGCCGGCGCAGAUGCCGUCACAGGCAGAGCGGCCGGUUCGGGGGGCAUACCCCAGGGAGCUGAGCCGAUGGCAGCAAUCCCUGCGGCCGCCGCCGCCGCCACCACUGUUGGGGAGCCUGCUGAAACGUCCCCCUUGCGGUGCGAGAAGCCAGCUUUAACGGUCUCAGUUUCCGCUGGACCAGCAAUCGGCCUCAUGGCCGCCGUCUCUAUGGCACCCGGCGCUGGUUGUGUCAAUGUGGGUGCAGCCAAUGCCGCCAACGCCAAUGCUGCCUCACUUUCGUCGGAAGACGCAUUUCUGACGAUGGAGAAUCGUCGCCGCCGGUACGGGCGCGGCCGACGCCUUGGCAACGUUGGCUGGCGUCCUCGCGUUUCUACGGGCUGCCGAGGCACUGCGUCAUUGUACCAAGCCGUCUUGUUGUGCCCGUCCGACCAUCGCGACCAAUUCUCAGCGCUUUUCUGCGGUAGAUUCCGCCGCAACAAGACCCGAACCGGAAUAUUUUCCAGAACCUCUGUACUUGCGCAUGUAUUCUAUGUCGUAGGUCCUGCGUGGUCCCGCCAUCCUGCCUGGGUAUGUACUAGGUUGGUACGCAUACACACCGUGGACGCAACACCGCGCCCGAAGCAUUGGAGCCAACAGCAGACAGCAAGAGCCCCAGACAGCGUUCCUAGCGACCUUUGUGGUAAAGGAAGAGUCUGAGCGGUACCAAGUGCGUCUGCGAACAGCAACUGGUCAAGAACGGAGUUCUGAGCCGAGGGGAGCUUUCCUCUGCACAUUAUUAUGGUCACGUGCUCGUACGGAGACUCCUUUUACCUUGUGUCGGAAUUCGGCACGACACUGGACGGUUGCUACGAAGACUCUGGGAGCACCGAAAACUCUCUUCCCGAGUACUACAGGGACGGAUUUAAGGUCGAUGGGGAAUAUUCAGUGCAUGCCUCAACAUCUUUCGGCACUAGUUGGGCGAUAUGGGUGCUGUCGCAAUACCAGGAUUAUGUCCUAGGUGGCACCUUGGAGAUCAGAUGCAAAGAUUCAGAUGAGAACGAUGCGUCGCUAAUUCACCCCACGGAGGUCAUCCAGUGGGAUUGCGAGGAAGCUGACAACGAAUUUACAAGGCUCGACUACGUGACGACCACAUGUGGCUGUACUACUCUGUCUGGAGGUUCGACCGAUGACGGGUGGUCUACGGGAGAAAUAGCUGGGGCGGUGGUGGGCGCGAUAGUUAUAAUAUUAGGAAUAUUAGCCGCCUAUUUCGGGAGGGAGUAUGUCUGUAGGAUCACGGGGACCCGCGAUAAUCGCUGCGAUAUGUGCUGUAGCUGUCCCAACAAUUCAGUCAGUGGAGCUUCGUCAACCUGAUCUCCCUGCCCUUGCUUGGGCUAUGAUUGACGUUUGACUUUUACCACGAUCUUUUCUCGUGAGGAAAGCAUGAUAAAUGGUUUUGCUGACAUCGCACGAUGCGUCAGUAUGAGGUGAUUUGUUUUUUUUGCAGUCUCUUACGAGCGGCCGGUGGAACCCGUACGAAUAUCUUCGGAGCAUACGGACAUUGUCCGUUAGAUGAUGUAGCAGGCUUGUUGUUAUCUGUCUGCGUCCAGCUUCUGAGGCGUUGUUCGUGUGUGCAUGCACGGAUUAGAAUACAUCAACGGGGUUGUGUAACGUGGCGUCACAGAUAGCAAUUGAUGGUAUUCGUAGUGAAGGUAGUAUUCCUCGUUGGUUAUCAUGAGUGCACUUUGGUUAAAGGAACCAGGGAGGGUGUUCCGUGUUUCUCGGAGACGUUCGCGUCCACAUGCCCAGUAUUUUCACUUGAAAGUAAUGAUUCGCUCUUCAAGUUUCUGAGAUUGCCUCGUUACGCCAGCGACGGGGGGGGCGAUUUUGACGUACAGACAGCGUUGCCGUCGCAUGAUAGCUGUUAGGAACAAUUCCUCAGAAUAGUCUCAUGCUAUGGCUUACCAGGAAUGUAAGGAUAUGCCGUUGUUGGAAACUAGGUUAGGAUCUUGGUUGAUGCAGAAAGGAUAUGAUAGCGCGCCACCCACGAUUGUAGAGGCGGGCUUUGUGGAUUCUAGGACGUCUGGUAUUAGUCUGGCUUAUGUCGCUCUAAAUAGUAGCGCAACCGUAACAGCAGGUGUCUGAACGGUAAAUAUUUGUGGGGGUUUCAGUUGAUCCAGAGGCCGGUUUUCCCCCUGUUAAGUUUUUCGCAUUGUUUUUUUCGUUUUGUUUUUGGCCACAUCCGGCAUGUACAUGCCCACGAGUGGUUAGUUACUUGUGGAAAGAACCAAGGAGGGUCUUGGUGUGUGCAUGAGCGAAUUAGGAAAUACAAACGGGAUCGU